AUGGAUGGUGGUAUACAACCAGAUACAAGUAUGAGUCCCUCGCUUUCUUUAAUGACGGAAGAGCUUCUCCAUUUUCAAAGCUUUCUGAUUCCUUUAAAAAGGUUUAUACCAGAGGAGCUAUUACAUGGCGGUUAUUGUUACACAAAGGCCUCCCAAGGUGAACCUUAUAUUUUAACAUACACGGAAGAUUUUAAUUUCAUGCUUAAGAUUUUCUUUAGACUGUUGAAGAAGAUGGAUGAUUGUCUUGAAGAAUUGGAGAAGUUGUUGCCCACAGAGAGUGAAAAUCUUGGGUGCAACCAGUAUGUUCAGAUCAUAAUUGAACUGAAUGACGUGUCAAAGCACUUUCCAGCCCUAUCUGAACAAUUUUGGAAAACCUUAAAGAAGAGGAAGCUUUCUUUCUGCUAUUUAAUUAUUAAAUAUGCUACGAGGGAUGAUGAUUAUAGUUGGAUUUUGGAGCAUAAGGAGGUGACUGAUUCUGAGUGCAGAAGGCAUUUGGCAAUGAUGUUACUUCCACAAGUUAGUGAUGACGAUGACUACCUGAUCCUAGAGAUGCUUAUCUAUAGAUCACGAUUGUUGGAGGAUUCAUUUGAGUACAUUGCACACGCUGAGGCUGAUACACUUCGAGCUGGUUUAACUGUGGAGUUUAAAGAUGAGGAAGCUACUGGCCCCGGUGUACUGAGGGAAUGGUUUGUCUUAGUUUGUGAAGCCAUCUUUGAUCCUCAAAAUGCCCUCUUCGUAACUUGUCCAAAUGAUGGCAGAAGGUUUUUUCCUAAUCCAGCGUCGAAGGUGGAUCCAUUGCACCUAGAAUACUUCAAGUUUGCUGGACGAGUAAUUACAUUGGCCUUGAUGUACAAUGUUCAGGUUGGCAUUGCCUUUGAUAGAGUAUUUCUUCUACAAUUGGCCGGAAGCAAUGUUUCUCUGGAAGAUAUACGGGAUGCAGAUCCAAUCUUGUACAGUAGUUGCAAGAGAAUACUGGAGAUGGAUCCUGAGGAAGUUGAUGAAGAUACUCUAGCUUUAACAUUUAUUGUAGAAACCGACAAGCUAGGAUGCAGGAAUAUCGUGGAGCUCUACCCGGAUGGAAAAAAUAUUGCCGUGAAUAGUUCAAAUAGAGACAAGUAUGUUUCUAGGCUUGUUCAAUAUCAUUUUGUUGAUUCUGUUAAGGAUCAGGUGGCUCAGUUUGCUCAGGGCAUUGAUGAUAUCAUAAGUUCGGGGAGGCUUAGGAAAUCAUUUUUCCAAUUCUUAGAACUAGAAGAUUUUGACAAGCUGCUGUAUGGCAGUGAAAAAGCUCUAAGUGUUGAAGAUUGGAAGUCUCACACUGACUACAAUGGCUACGAGGAGACUGAUCCUCAGAUAUCCUGGUUCUGGGAGACUGUGGCAAGUAUGUCAGCAGGGCAGAGAAAAGCUCUCCUAUUCUUUUGGACGUCACUGAAGAAUUUACCUGUAGAAGGUUUCGGUGGCUUAACCUCCCGGCUAUACAUUUACAAGGUGAGCGAGAGCUGCAAUCGCCUUCCAACUUCUCAGACUUGCUUCUAUCAGUUGUGUUUUCCUCCUUACCAAUCGUUGAAAGUCAUGCAAGAUCGUCUAAGUCUCAUCACCCAGGAUCAUGUUGGCUGCAGCUUUGGGACCUCAUGA